CCACCCCGAGUCAAAGAGAGCACCCGGCUGAGGAGGGCGCCCAGGGCCGAGCUCCCGGGGCUGCGGCACCGGGGCUGACCCCUCAGGUGCCGCCUGGGGCCACAUGCUGCCCUCUUGCCCAGAUGUUUGACCCACGGUGGGAAAAGGCAGCUGCCUCCAGGUUGGAUGUGAAUGGACCAGGCCUGGGACAGAGCCCAUGGGAUUCGGCCCAGAACAGCCAGUGUGCAGGUGCGGGAGCUGAGCUGGCCGGGCCUGCCCAACCCCCACCCCCAGAGCAAGGCCCGGGGCAGGUGUGGGGGCGGCCACAGCAAGCAGCUGGUGGAGGAGUACCUGUCACCUGCCCAACUGGGCUGACUCCCCACUGACCCCUGCAGCAGGCCCUGGCUCAGGUGGAUGACCUCCAACUGGUGAGCAUGCUGGAGAUGUGUGUCAACACCCGUGAGAAUAGCCUGGGGAACUUUGGGCUGCACCUGCCCAACCUCAGCCAGUUGAAGUUGAAUGGCAGCUGUUUGGGUUCCCUGAGGGACCUGGGCACCUCACUGGGCCGCCUGCAGGUGCUGUGGCUGGCUUGCUGUGGCCUGGCUGACCUGGAUGGCAUCGGCUCCUUCCCUGCCCUGAAGGAACUCUACCUUUCCUACAAUAACGUCUCGGACCUGAGCCCCCUGUGCCUGCUCGAGCAGCUGGAGGUGCUGGACCUGGAGGGCAACUGCGUGGAGGAUCCGGGGCAGCUGCGGUACCUGCAGCUGUGCCCGCGGCUCGCCACACUCACCCUGGAGGGCAACCCACUGUGCCUGCGGCCAGGCCCCGGCCCCGCCCACCAGGUGCCCCAGGGCUACAACUACCGGGUAGAGGUGCGGAAGCUCAUCCCCCAGCUGCAGGUCUUGGACGAGGUGCCAGCCACACACACAGGCCCGCCGGCCUCCCGGAAGCUGGAUCAGGACUGGCUCAUGGUGAAGGAGGCCAUCAAGGAGGACAGCGUCCUGGACAGCCUGCUCCCCAGGCAGGGUCGUCCCCACGGAUCCCCCACUUGGAGACUCGGACCCAAGCUAUGUUCGCCUGAGACCCAGCCCUGGGGCCCCAGGCCCUGGCCCCUCUCCCUGCUGGUCCCGGGGGGGCCCCUGCCUAAAGGCUUUCUUCCCAAGGGCCCCGCCCCAGAGGACGACGCCAGCAACCUCACGCACGGUGCUGGCCGGGUCCUCUGUGGAAACCCCACCAAAGGCCUGCAGGAGCGUCGGCACCAGUGCCAGGCCGGGAUGCACCCAGAGAAGCUGCCCCCUGCCAGGCCUCCCGGGGCCUCCACCCCAGGGCCUGACCCUGCAGACAGCUGUGAUCUCCUGGCCUUGGCUGGGCUUCGGGCCUUGAGGGAUCUGCGUCUGCAUCUCCUCCCCGGUAGGUGCCUGGAGGCCCGGGAGGAGGGGGCCGCAGCCCCCCGGGGCCCACAGAGGGGCCCUGAAGAACAAGAGGACGAGGCUGAGCCCAAGACUUGCCUGAGUCCCCCGAGCCUGGCCCCAGAGCCUUCCAGGCCCUUGGGCUACAACCUGAUCCCCUCUCCCCCCAAGUCCCUCAUGCCAUCUGACAGGGGCAGCAGCUCCCAGGGGUCCACACAUCUGCAGUUCCGGGGGCGUCGCCUCAGAGGCCUGGGUAGUUUGGGGCCUGGCCUGAGUCAGAGGCCUGGCCUGGGUCAGGGACUGGCUGCAGUGACUGCUCUGAGAGCCCUAGAUGUGACCUCAGGCCCCAGCCCUCAAGCGGAAGGACGUCCAGGCCCAAAGCCAGCACCAGAUCCAGCAGCCAGACGCCCAGCCUCCAGUGCAUGCCGCACCUGA